AUGGACGGACGCAUAAAGUUAUGUGACUUUGGUUUGGCUAAAGAAGUCCCAAAUACUGAUUGGUAUCGGAUGUCUAAAACUAAACAUACGGCAGAUGUGGGAACUGUUGACUAUAUGGCACCGGAAAGGUUAAUACCGGACCUGAGUUCAGAUGAACUUCAUAUGCCUAAUUAUUGGACGAGGAAUUAAAGUUACAAGAACAUAUUGUCAAGAUUUAGUUGAAUUAAUGCAUGAAAUGAAUGCCUUAUUGGUGUCAAUGAGUGUUAAUAUGUAUUCACAAAACGGUUCAACAGAUUGGAGGCAAAGACCCGAAUGUUGGCACAUUUUAU